AUGUCAGCCGACGACGACUCAUUCCGAAUCGAACUUCGGAACAUAAAGGUUCUAGAAGGACCAUCUCUAGAACUCGACAUCGAUAACUUGCCCGAUACCCCUCAAGAUGCCUUCAAAUCCUGGUUCCAUGAAGCAGUCAAGGCCGGCGUGCGCGAGCCACACGCCAUGACCGUUUCCACGGUCGACAAAGAAGGAUAUCCCGAUGCGCGCGUUUUGAUUCUCAAGAAUGUUGAUUCACGUGGCUGGCAUUUCGCGGUGAAUGCCGAUAGUCCUAAGGGCAAGCAGCUGGCGAAUAACGGCCGUGCUGCGUUAACGUUCUACUGGCCUCAUCUGGCUCGUCAGGUUCGAUUGAAGGGAAAGGCAUUUACUCUUCCCGAAAAAGAGAAUGCCCAGGAUUUCAGAGAUAGACCGCUUGCAUCGAGGAUCAGUGCUGUGGCGUCCAAGCAGAGUGAAAUUCUGCCUGAUCGCAAGGCUUUGAGUCAAAGUCUUGCAGAGACCGAGGCCAUCAUGGCCAAAGAUCCUUUCGCCGGCGUGAAGAAGUGGGUAGUCUACGCAGUGGUGCCUGAUUCAGUUGAAUUCUGGCAGGGUGAUUCGAGCCGUUUGCAUAAGCGCGUACAAUUUGUGCGCAACCAGAACGAGACGAGCUGGAAAAAGAACAUGCUCUGGCCUUGA